AUGGCAACUCCACCCCCAGUAAUAAUCGUCGGCUCCGGCCUAGCCGGCCUCUCCGCCGCCAGCACCCUCAUCUCACACCACAUCCCGGUACUGAUGCUCGACCGCGCCCCCAAACCAGGCGGCAACUCCAUCAAAGCCUCGUCGGGAAUCAACGGCGCCGGGACACGGUUUCAAUCCACCGACGACAACGCGGAUAUCUUCUUCCAGGACACGCUCAAGUCCGCAGGCGACUCAGUUACACAGGCAACUGGUGACGAGCGCGCCCGGCGGGAGAAGCUUAUUUCCACACUUGCGUCUCGCUCCGCGGACGCGGUGAACUGGCUGGUUGAGGAGAAGGGCGUGGAGCUUAGUCGAGUCGCGCAGUUGGGGGGCCACAGCUUCCCACGGACGCAUCGGGGGGCGGGGCGGGACCCGCCUGGUUUCUCGAUUGUGGGGGCGUUGCUUCGGGAGUUGAAUGGGGAGGAGCUGUUUAGCCUGCGGAGCGGGACGAAAGUUACGCGGGUAGUAGAGGAGGGGGGUUGUGUUAAGGGGGUGGAGUAUGUUACUGUUGAGGGUGACGGUGGACGGCAGGGCAAGGAGCAGACGGAGAAGCACACGCUCAAUGGACCGGUGAUUUUUGCUACUGGUGGAUUUGCGGGCGAUUCAAAGGGUAUGCUGGCGCGAUAUCGGCCUGAUCUGGCCAAUUUCCCGUCCACAAAUGAGGCCAGGGAAGGCACGCAGCCGAUUCUCGAGGCGGUGGGUGCCAAGGUGGUCGAUAUGGACUGCGUGCAGGUUCAUCCGACUGGAUUCGUGGACCCCAAGGAUCCGGCUGCUUUGGUCAAGAUCCUGGCGGCGGAGAUGCUCCGCGGUGAGGGUGGGAUCCUGCUCAAUGGCGAUGGAAGCCGGUUCGUGAAUGAGCUGGAGACCCGCCAACAUGUUGUUGACGCGAUUGUGAAGUCGACCUGUCGGAUGGAGACGUCCACGCGCCAGUGGGAUGUGACGCUUGUACUUGAUGAGAGCGCUGCCGCGGCGGCGGGCUCGCAUAUGGACUUUUACGUUUGGAAGGGACUCAUGAAGAAGAUGACAGUCGGUGAGCUUGGACUGACGGCGGUGAAGACCCUCCAGGAGUAUGGAGAUGUUGUGUCCGGCCAGAAAAAGGAUCCAUUCGGCCGUAAAUCCUUUGGCCAUUGGAAAUUGACCGAGGUAAUGCCGGAGUACGAGGUUUACGCCGGACAGGUGACUCCUGUCAUUCAUUUUACGAUGGGAGGAGUGGUGAUCGACGAGCAUAGCAGAGUGAUCGGAGAAGAAGGAACUCCGAUAGAAGGGCUUUGGGCUGCAGGGGAGGUGACCGGCGGCAUCCACGGCCAGAACCGUCUGGGAGGGUCGUCCCUCCUGGAGUGCGUGGUGUUUGGACGAAUCGCAGGGAAUGAGGCGGCAGCAUGGCACAAGGAACAUUAUUCCGACAAUUCCCCCGUUGUGUGA